AUGUAUUGUGCCGCUGUGCUCCUCCUUGCCUCCGGCUGCGCUGCCAAGUCUGUGGGCUACCUGGGGAACCUGCGCGCGAACGUGCAGGCGCCGCAGCAGACGCUGCUGUCGCUGGUGGCGGCCGCGGCCAACGCCAAGUCGGACCCGAGCCAGUUCGAAGUGGCCUCGCUGGCCAGCCUCGCGCAGAGCCUCUCCAAGUCAGGCGGUGUGGAGGAGACCAUCCAGACCAUCAAGGGACUUGUGGACGGCAUGCUGGGCAGCAUCACCUCGGAAGCAAACGCGGCGCAAGCCGGGGUGCAGAACACCUCGCUCUACACUCAGUGCACCGCCCAGAAGGGGGCUGCCAUGGCGGACAUCUCGGCGCUCUCCGGGGGAACCACCGAAUCGGCCGCUCAUGCGCAAUGCGUCAAGGAGCUGACGGCACUGAAUGCGACGUACCAGAGCUGCCUCUCGCAGGAGGAGCUGCUGCACGUGACCAAGGAGGCACGCUGCGAGUACUUUGCAUCCAUCGAUCGCUCGGCCAACUUUCAGAGCUGGUUCUGCCACGAGGAUGACUAUCCUGAGAGCUCCAGCUAUGAGUCGUACCUGCAGAGGAACAUUGAUAUGUUGGCUGAGUUCAGGAGCAAGUCCAACUGCACGGAUGCCACGUCGAGCUACAACACCAAGAUGGCGGAAUGCCAGACCAAGCAGACCCCAGUCGCCAGCAAGGAGCUGCAAUGCGCCACGCUGGAGUCGAGCGCCACCUCCGCCCUCUGCGCGCCUUACGAAGGCAAGCUUGCGGUUUGCAAGACCUACGAGAGCUGCUGGAGCGCGGCAGGGAGCGCCGCCGGGAACAGCCUCAACACUGCCCAGAGCAUCCAAGACAACCUGAAGACGCAGUGGACCGCUUUGAAGCGCAUCCAGUGCCUUUUGGAUGUGCUGGCCAAGUCCGGUGAUCAGACCGCGGCGCUGACCGCCUGCAUCGCGAAGACCCACUCCACUGACAGCCUCACGCUGACGCCUGCAGCGGCGCCGACCAAGGAAGUCUGCAGCGCUGGCACGGCCCCGGCGGCGUGCGUGGCCUAG